CAACAUUAACUUUUCACAAUGUUAUGUUUGCUUGUUGAGAAUUUUUAUAAUAAAUAAUGGAUUAUUUCUUUUUCCGGUAUUCAGGCCUUUGUACACGAUCCUCUCAUAAAUUGGCGUCUUUUUAAUUUCAAUGAAGUUCCACAAAUGUCUAUGCUUACUAGCAAUCAUGCACCUCCUGUUGUAAAUACUGAGGAAUCUGCUCCAAAUAGAGAGCUUCCCCACCCUCAGCGUGGUGCCCGUGAAAGGGAACUUUUACAGGCUGUUAACCAGCUUGGUGAUGCCAAUGAGGUUCUGAACGAGCGUGCUGUGGUUGUCAUGGCUCGCAUGAGUAAUAAGCUUACUGGCCGGGAUUUUUCAACUUGUUCUUCAGUGUCAAACAACUCCCUUCAGCAUGCCGCAGACCAUAGUAGCUUAAUUUCUGGAGACACUCGGGAAGUUGAUCAUGCUUUAUCUGUUAAGUUGCAAGUUCAAAAGUUAAUUAUCCAAGCUUCCUCACAUGAAAAUCUGUGCCAAAAUUAUGUAGGGUGGUGUCCUUUCUGGUAAAUCACGAGGAAGUAGUAAAUAUUGUAUAUAAUCUGUACAUAAUAGAAAUUUGCCAGAGAUCCAUGUCCAUUUUCCCCCCUCAUUCCCCUCCUUUCUUUUACCUAGCAUCUUUAAUGUAUGUAUAUGUACAGUCAUUUGUCUUUUGACAUUGCAAUGAAAAAAUGGAAGCAUUAUUACAUAUGCUUGGUCUUGUAGAUCAGACCACAUUUUAACCGAGUCUUUGUAAAUAUGAUCUUUUUAUUGGGAAUGUGUCUAGUAAUCUGUCCCGUACAAGAUGGACAUAGAGCGAGGUCAUAGGCGCGACAAGGCUUUUUUUGAAGUACAAAGCUGGGAAAUCCCACAUGAAUGAUGAUUACACUGAUGUCGUGCUGGUCAUGAAUGCGAUUUCUGGGUUUCAACUUUGAAUUUCUCUCCAUGCAUUUCAUUUUUCUUCUAGUAAAUAUCAUCAACCAACUUCUACAAUAGCCAGGAAUGUAGUGAUGUAAUCUUAUUUUAACUUUUACUUGAAGGCUUUCAGCACAACCCGAGUAUGUUAUAUUAAUCUGGAGCUUACGUGUACAAAGAGGCACACUUAAAUGCAAGGCCACUUGGGCAGCAGAGGAAAGAAAGAAGAAAAUAUGGGAUAAUAUUCUGAUAUAGCUCACCGUUGUAUUUUAUUUAUUUAUUAUAAUUUGGUCCAUUUCCUUUGUAUAACAGUUUCACCUGAGAGAGCUUAUUAUAAUCUAUUGGUCUACUAUAACAAUUAUUAAGUGGGGCACCUUUAAACUCA